AUGCGCAUUUGCAGAUGGAACGUAGCUCGCUAGCUUCGCGCGCUAGCAGCCAAAGCAUCGCAGUAAACUUUGACAAACACGUCAUAUGCAACUCGAACCCGCCGUCAGCGCCGUGCUGACAGCACAAGGGUCAGGUUGUCGGAAGGCAAGUGCUGUGAACACAACAGUGUUGACUGCUGUUAGGAAUCCUUAUGUUGGACCAGUCUCUUCCUGUAGCUUCAGCUCAACUGCUCAGCAUUCAGCGAUGAACACUGAUGACAAGCUGGAGGGGAUGCUUAUGAAAUGUGGCCCUAUGGGGCUUCACCACUCAUCCAGAAGUUUGGGUCCUUCAAGGGUGGAUGGUAGAGGAAGAAGAGGCAGUCUGGAUAUGACACUUGGGGAACGGAGCUUGGCCAAUCAUCCCCUUUUGGCAGAGGAUGAUGACGAUGAGGAGGAAGAUGAUGAAGACUUGGCAGGUGGAGGGCUGACCUCACAUGAUCUGAUGUCUCAGGAUGACAUGAUGGUUCAUGAGGAGACUGUGAAAAAUGAUGGACAGGAUGACUCCACUUUCUCACAGCGAAUCUCCCAUAAAUUACACUAUACACUCAGUAUGCCAGUAAAUAUAAAGCAGGAGAUGAAAGUGCCAGAUUCGUUGAUUCUGAAUAAGAAGGAGAAGAAACAAGGGAGGGACUCAACCGACUGUCACAAAAAGAAGAAGAGAAAGCAGCGAUCACCUGCAAAGAUUCUCACUAUUAAUGAAGAUGGCUCCCUUGGACACCAGAAUCCAAAAUCUCAUGUCUGUGAGCACUGCAAUGCAGCUUUUAGGACAAACUACCAUUUACAAAGACAUGUCUUUAUUCAUACAGGUGAAAAGCCUUUUCAGUGCAAUCAGUGUGACAUGCGUUUUAUUCAGAAGUACCUGCUUCAGAGACAUGAGAAGAUCCACACAGGAGAAAAACCUUUUCGCUGUGAUGAAUGUGGAAUGAAAUUUAUCCAGAAAUACCACAUGGAGAGGCACAAGAGAACGCACAGCGGGGAGAAGCCUUACCAGUGUGACUACUGCCAUCAGUAUUUCUCCAGAACUGACCGAGUACUGAAGCACAGACGGAUGUGCCAUGAGAAUAAGGACAGGAAGGUGCAGAAUGCAGCUGCCAAAGAUGGCCCUCUUCGCAGCACGGAGAGCUUGGACUUCUCUUUUCCUGUCAAGGAAUACGCGCUACCCAAGAAGAAACGUCAGAAGACCUCUGAUAAAAGUCGAGUCUCGCUCACAGGUCCCACCGUUCCAGACAAGAUGGUGGAAGACGGCAAUGAGGAGAAGACGGAAGACAGGCUUGACAAAAGCGAGUGUCUUCCUCUUUACGCAGUAGCCACCAAAGUGAAGGAUGAGUAUGUUGUGGCAGAUUAUUCUGUAGAGCUGCCUGAUUCCCCGCCUCGCAACAGGCAUCUUGCAGGUGAGGAAUCUAAUGAUGAGAUCAUCAGUCCACCAAAACUAGUGCUGAAGAAAAUAGCUAGCAGGAGAGGGGUGAAACAGCAAUCGCUAGAACAGUCACAAAGUCUCUCUCCCUUGUCUUCAUUUGAAGAAAGCAAAAUAACAAGAUACACAUUUGAGAUUGUGGAUAAUAAAGGCCUCUUGGAUGUUGAGACCAACCCUGACAUGGAGUCGGUAGAAGCACUACAAGGAGGACAAGCAAAACCAACCAGAAGCAGCACAAAUUAUGACGAUGCCAUGCAGUUUCUCAAGAAGAAGCGAUACCUUCAGGCGGCUACGGCUAACACUAGCCAAAACUAUGCACUGAACGUGAGCAGCAUUGUGUCACAGCCCUCCGUCACUCAGGCAACUGUAGCGAGCGUCAUCGAUGAGACCGUUCCCACCAUGAUCCUUUCCGAGACUCAGACACUGAACGUGGAGAUCAAGUCCAGUAAUGAGAAGAAUGUCCUUCCGGAUGAGGUCCUUCAAACACUUCUCGAUCACUACUCCAAUAAGGCAAACGGGCAAGCGGAGAUUUCCUUCAGUGUGGCGGACACAGAGGUGACGUCCAGCAUCUCCAUCAACUCCUCAGAUGAGAGCAGCCCCACUGAGGCUUUGGGGAGCAGUUCAUAUGCGCCCCCGGCCGAGAAGGCCAGCCUUCUACAAGAGUACUCCAAGUUUCUCCAGCAAGCAUUGGAAAGGACUAGUCAGAACGACACCUAUCUAAACAACCAGAGUCUUACGUUUGUAAGUGACAGUAGCAGUCUCGCUGGCCAACCUUUGUUUUCCACUGAGAAGCAAUUCACAUCCCCAUCCCGGUUCAGGCCAAGCAUGAACUCUCCUUUGAGGUCCACCUUGGAGAAACCCAACUUCAGCCUUUUAGUAGAUUCCCAACACUCCUUCUCCCUGUCGGGUGAUGAGACUAACCCUUCCUCGGUUUCUCCAACGGAGGACUUUCUCGACCAGGUGGCCUCGCCUAAAAAGACAGAUGCACAAAGCGUCAGUCAGUCAUUUCAGAUUGCCACUUUUGAGCAGAACUUUCGAUCUCAGUUCCCAAGCUCAAGAUCUGGAAUAUCCUCACAGUUCGGCAUCGCCAGUGGACAAGUUAGUCUGAGAGCACAUGGAGGAACUGACUUUCCAGAGUUCUCUCUUGUUAAUGACACAAAAACUCAACUAACCUCCUCACCAGAUGCUACAAACAGCCAAACAUUUGGCUAAACAAGAGCUUUUAAUUAUUUGAUGUAUUUUAAAGGCACUUUAUAUUCCAGGUCUUUGAGUUCUGUCCAUGAAGGGAAUCUGAUCUCUGUGCAAAUGCUUAUUAUUUUCUUUCUUUAAACAAUCAAGCCUGUGUGGGAAUCAGGAGAUGAGUGAUACACCACAUUAGAUUUAAUUAUCAGCACCUUUAAAGAAAUCUUGUCUGAUUUUUUUUUUAAUGGUUUCAUAGCAUUUUUGUGUAUUACACAUAUAAUGCUUAACAUGAUCAUACCAUACUGUACUAUGGCUUGCCAAAUUGGAUAAUUUAUUAGUUAUAUUUUGUGUUUCCUAAUAAUCUAAAUUCAGACAUAUUUCUACAUCACUGUUGUAGUAUACAUUUUACGUGUCAGUGGUGGCUUCACCUAGAUAAAAAUAUACGGAGGUCAUGACCAUAUUUGCCUCUUGUUAGUGAUCAGUUCUUUUGCUGGAAUUUAUUAACAACAUGUUUAACAGAAUUACAUAAUAAUAUAGCUCUUUACCAAUGGAAACGACCCUAAUCUACAAUAGCAUUACAAUCAAGUUGGCUUUGUAUCAGUUUUUUUUUUUUUUUUUUUGGAGAGGUACUGAAAGGACCUCACUAUUGUACCUUAGAGCCAUCUGCAGGUAUUCUCAUCCUAGGUUCACUGACCUAGGCCAUACUUUUAUAUAAUGAGAUUAUAUAAUCCUGAAAUAUUUUUGCACAGUACUCUGAAGGUUAUUGCAUAAAAAAAAAAAAAGAGAUAUUCACAAACAGAUAAAAAUAGCUUCUGUGAUACUCCGCUAAUUUUUAUUUAAUAGACUGUCCAAUGACCAAGUCAUGCCAAUCAGUGCACAUGGCACUGGUAUACUGCAGGGGGUCUAUAGAGGUUUUGAUUUCACACAUCCCACAAGUGGGUCUGCAGUUUUAGUAACUGUCCUGGGCAACAGCACCAACAGGUAUUUUGUUGUUUAUUUGUCAUCAGUGAGCCUGACUUAAUGACUCAAUGGUUAGUACACACCAAGUUUUCAGUAGGUAAGUGCAUUACAACACUUUUAACACAUUUAAUUUGUUCAAUGUGUUUUAUUGAAUUUGCAGAUGUACAGUGGCAAGAAAAGUAUGUGAACCCUUUGGAAUUAGCUGGUUUUCUGCAUUAAUUGGUCAUAAAAUGUGAUCUCAUCUUUAUCAAAGUCACAAGUAAUGUGCUUAAGCUAACAACACAAACAAUUAUAAUCUUUCAUGUCUUUAUUAACACUUCCCUGACUGGCCACUCCAAAAGGUGGAUUUUCUUUUUUUAAGCCAUUCUGUAGUGGAUUUACAUCAGUGUUUAUGGUCAUUGUCCUGCUGCAUCACCCAAAUUCUACUGAGCUUCAUCUGGUGCACAGCCACCCUGACAAUAUCCUGUAGGAUAUCUUUUUUUUAAAUUUUUUUUUAUCCCCUUUUUCUCCCAAUUUGGAAUGCCCAAUUCCCACCACUUAGUAGGUCCUCGUGGUGGUGUGGUUACUCACCUCAAUCCAGGUGGCGGAGGACAAGUCUCAGUUGCCUCCACUUCUGAGACCGUCAGUCCAUGCGUCUUAUCACGUGGCUAGUUGUGCAUGACACCGCGGAGACUCUGCAUGUGGAGGCUCAUGCUACUCUCUGCGAUCCACGCACAAUUUACCAUGCGCCCCAUUGAGAGCGAGAACCACUAAUCGCGACCACGAUGAGGUUACCCCAUGUGACUCUACCCUCUCUAGCAACCGGGGCAAUUUGGUUGCUUAGAAGACCUGGCUGGAGUCACUCAGCACACCCUGGAUUCAAACUCGUGACUCCAGUGGUUGUAGUCAGUGUCAAUACUCGCUGAGCUACCCAGGCCCCCAUCCUGUAGGAUAUCUUGAUAAACUAGGGAAUUAAUUUUUCUUUAGAUGAUGGCAGUGGUCUAGGCCCCGACCAGCAAAGCAGCCCCAAAUCAAUCCACCGUACUUCACCAUUGGGAUCAUGCUUUCAUGUUGGUAUGCGGUAGCCAUUUUACACUGUACAUAGUGUGUUGUUCCCAAGCAAUUCAACCUUAGUUUCAUCAGUCCACAAAACAUUUUCCCAGUAGCAUUGUGGAGUGUCAAGGUGGUCUUUGGCAAACUUCAGGCAUGCAGCAAUGUUUUUGUUGGAAAGCAGCAGCUUCCUCUGUGGUGUGCUGCCAUGGACACUAUUCCUGUUUAAUGUUUCCGGAUAGUAGACUCAUGAACAGAGAUGUUAACCAGUUCCAAUGAUUCCUUCAAGUCUUUAGCUGUCACUCUAGGGUUCUUUUUACCUCAUUGAGCAUUCUUCGGUGUGUCUUUUGAGUCAUUUUGGCUGGAUGGCCACUUCUAGGGAGAGUAGCGGCAGUGCUAAAUUGUCUUCAUUUAUAGACAAUUCUGUGGACAGAUGAAUAUCUAAGCUCUUCGAGAUAACUUUGUAGUUAUCCCUUUCCAGCAUUAUGCAAAGCAACAAUUCUUGCUGAAGGUCUUGCUGUGAGGCAGAUGCUUCUUAUGAAUAGUAAACUCGAAAUGUUUGAGUGCUUUUUAUAAGUCAAAGUAGCUCUAACCCACACCUCCAAUAUAGUUUCAUUAAUUGGAUGCCAGGAUUGCCAACUCCUGACUCUUAAUUAGCUUUUGUUGAUGUCAUUAGCCUAGGGGUUUACAUACUUUUUCCAACCUACACUGUGAAUGUUUGAAUUAUGUAUUCAAUAUGUACAAGAACAAUACAAUAAUUUGCGUUUAUUAGUUAAAACAGAUUGUGUUUGUUUAUUAUUGUAACUUAGAUGAAGAUCAAACCAGAUUUUAAGACAAAUUUAUGCAUAAAUGCAGGUAAUUCCAAAGGAUUCACAUACUUUUUCUUGCUGUUGUCCUUGCGAUCUUCAAAACAUACAUUAAAUUGCAGUUUGGUAUCUUGGGCAUUUUUUUUAAUGGUUUAAAAGCACUUUUAAUUACCCUUAUCCAGACACAUAAUGCACACCUGCAUUGGAGAUAUGAACUUUAUCAGUCUAUUAUGGCAAGUUGUCUUUAGUGAAAUCAAGGAAAAUUAUUUAAGAAUGUAUACUGUAUGGUCUGAGAUAAUAUUUUUAUGCUUUCACUUUGUCUCAGAAAUAUUCAUUUGCACACAUGUUUGUGUGUCAGAUUCACAUGCUGUGUCGUAUUGGAUUAAAUUAGAACUAACAAAAUAACUUUUAAUGUUUGGCAAUGUUGUACUAGUUUGUAUAUGUACACAUAGCAUUUGUUUAUUGCACAUUUCUUUCUUUAUUGCUUAACUAAUCAUGUAGAUUAAAAACUUUGUUCCUGUUUUCUCAGAUUGUUUAUGGAAAUGUACCUGCUUUCCCCACAAAUGUACCUUGAUUUUAAUCUUAGCUUUGUUUGUUUUUAAAAAAACGAGAGAGAGAGAGAGAGAGAGAGAGAGAGAGAGAGAGAGUAUCAUGCCAAGUUGUACAAGAGCAGCCCUUUUAGUAUGAUUUAUUUAGUCUGCAUGUUCUGGGUGUCAAAGACAUUACCAACCAAUGUUUUACUUACAGUUUCUCAUAAGUGUGCCUAAGCAUUCCUAUAUUGUUCUUUUAUUCUUUAUAUAUGUUGCAAAAAGGUGUAUAUUUUAAGCUUUGCAUUUUGCUGUGCACAUGUUUUCUUUUGUGUAUAGCAUGUAGAGGGUAAGUAACAUGAUUUAUGAAUAUUUGUUGCCAUUUUGGUUUUCUCUUUCCUGUGGUCAUUGAUAACUCUCUGCACAAAUGUUGGUACAAAAUCAAAUUUGUGUUCAUGUUUGUAACAUUUACAGAUGUACUGUCCUCUCUAUGAAUUGCUUCUCAAUGCAGUUAUAAUGAUUACAAUCUUAUUAUAACACACUUUGUAUGACUAUCAUAGACUUUCAAAAGAUAUUAUUUAUCAUUUCAAUGUAGUAUGAUACCUGCAUUAUGAACAUCUAAUCAAUAAUCACUGUUAAAGGUGCUCCAGAAAUGUAUACAAGUUAAAUGAAAAAUUGAGGGAAGAGCUUGAUUCCUUGUUAAAAAUAAAUGUUUUUUUUUUUGUUUUUGUUUUUUGUGUGUGUUCAGUUACUGUUGGUAAAAGGUUAGAUCCAUUUAAACACAUCACUGUAAUCCAUGAUUGAUUUAAAGCAUCAAAGUCCAGUAUGGUUACUGAUUAUGGAUUAUUGUUUUCUUAGUUUAAAUUGAGUGAAAAACAGAUGGUUUUAUAAAGUGUGAGCACUUUUGAUAGUUUUAGACGUUUAAUUUCAUUGGAGAGUGCGUGUCCCCCUGACUUGUACAGUGGUUAUAUUGUUAUAUGUAACGUAUCCAUUUUAUUGUAGCCGAAUUAUUUCCAUAUACUUUAAUGCAAUACUUUGCCUAAGACAUUGGGGGAAAGGUUCUGAUUGGAUGUGUUUGAUUGUGUGCCUCUUUUGUGUAAUAAUGAAUUUCCAAAUACAUCAACAAAGUAGUUGAGUGUUA